AUGGGAAUUUCCUUCGACCAAACUGAGCUCAAAGAAGUCAAUGUAAACAUUCAACAAACUGGUCAACCACAGAAGAAGCAAAAACGUCGUGGAAGACCUCCUAAGACACAAGGUGAAUCUACAUCAUUACAUCUGACUGAUGACGUGGCGCUUUUCAAGAAAUUAGAACGCAGGGGAAGACCACCUAAAGUGCAGGCAGGGGAGUUGACCAAUGCAAAAAAGUCAAAGCUUGUGGUGGGCAAGAAAAACAACAACCAGUUGAAGGGUAAAAAUGUCAAAAAGGGUCCCAAAAGUUUCCAAAACAGAAUACCAGUUGCCCUUCAUCAUCCUGAUGAGGGGGAUUUGGGGUAUAUAUACCUUGAUUUAAAUUGUAGACAGGGGAAGUAUCCUGGUUGUGCUCAUUUUGCCAUAAGAGGAGGGCGUACAGUUUCCAAAACAGAAUACCAGUUGCCAGUGAUUGUCGUUGUUUGCAACUUCUCAAAGCCCCAUAAUUCAUCAAUCGUGAGACUUAACCACUCUGAUGUGGAUACCCUUUUCCAUGAAUUUGAGCAUGCUCUUCAUUCCUUGCUUUCACGAACAGCACUUGUUGUGUUGGUUCAUGAUAUGGUCCAACCGGGAGCUUAUAAGUGA